AUGGAAAAUGAGAAUAACAUGAAGCAAGAAAAUAGAAAACAACCAGACGAGUUGAAGAGCGAAAUUGGUUCAUCGGAGACCAAACAGAUGCAAGAAUCAUCUGUGGCUAGUGCGCCGCAAAGAGAUAAGUCGUUUGGGAAUAGUUCUGAAACGGAACCGAAUUCGGAGGAGUUUCGUGAGUCGGAUCGUGACGAUCAGCCUGAAACAAUGACGACACACGGAAACCAUAACAGCAGUUUCAGAUCUGAUCGGCCGCAAUCAGACCAUGAACUGCAGAGAGGCGAAGCAAAUUCCGCUACGUUAUCCAUAAAAGAAACGGAAUCGCAACAACAACGCCAAAAUGGAAAUGGUGCAGCUACCGUAGGAAAAACAAAUUUCAAAGAGGAUGCUGAAUUUGGCGCAAUAGAAGAGGGAAACCGUAACUCAGAGCAAACUAUGGAAAGUGCUUCCAUAUGGCCGAAGGAAAAUGGGGCUGUGGAAAUAACAGCUGAUAAACAUGGAGCCGGAAAUAGGCAAGGGCACGCUAGCGAUAACGGGUACCAUAAAAAUCGCAAGCAAACUGUAGAGAAAAAUGAAUGCGAGCCAAACGACGAAUCGGAUGCACAGCACUUUGCAGUGGCAGAUGAAAAGCGUAAACCAGAAAGUGAUGCCAGGAAGAAUGGAGCUGCUCUCUCAAAUCCGUGCUCGAGCCAGGAUAAAGGUGGAACUCGCGAAGCACUCGAAAAUGCAGUGAAUGAAAUCAAGCUACACAACGGCUGGAAAAAUGAAUGCGAGCCAAACGACGAAUCGGAUGCACAGCACUUUGCAAUGGCAGAUGAAAAGCGCAAACCAGAAAGUGAUGCCAGGAAGAAUGAAGCUGCUCCCUCAAAUCCGUUUUCGAGUCAGGAUAAAGGUGGAACUCGAGAAGCACUCGAAAAUGCAGUGAAUGAAAUCAAGCUACACAACGGCUGUAAUGCAUCGAUGCUAGAAGAACAGCGUAAGAAACAGUCAAAAUCACUUUUUCAACAGACUGAAAAAAGCGAUGAGUCUGAUGCUUCAAAUAAGAAAUUGGAAAUGAACGAUGAUUCUUCCUUAAAAACGCUGGAAGAAAAUGCUGAUGCUGUUCUUCAGGCCAAUAUUCUUCCUGAAAUUAACGGCCUUAAGCGGACCGGAAAACCUUGCAAUCCCAGACCACUAACAAAUCAAUUUUCCAAGACUGCUAAUGGAACUCAUGAAUCUGAAAGAACCGAAAACAAUAGCAAUGACGAGGAAGAAAAUUCAGGAAGUGUUGAGGAGAGUGAAAACAGCAAUGCGCCUGAUCUUGACCUCGACAAAAGUGACCUUGUAUCCGGAGAAGCAUUAAACAACCGCAAUACACAAGAUGCACCUAGAAAUCGCGCAUCCCAGCUUUUUAAGAAGCCCACAAAGUCAGAUGAGUCAGCCGCUGUAGCUGAGACAAAGUCGGAUUCGCUAGAGUUUCGUGAUGAAGAAAAUAUACACAAAGAAUCUACUGCUAAUCACGGUUCACUUAAAUCGAUUACGCGCUCAGACAAGUCCUACAAGUCGUCCACAGAGACCUCAAAAUCCGAACUAACAGUGUCAAGCACGGCCAGAGAAUCAGAAACUCCGCAGAAUAAUCAAGAACCUGAAGAGUCUGUUUCCAAAAAAAUUUCGGGACCGACGAUUGGGCUUUACAGCAUAAUGUACAAAUCUCUGGACAAUUUAGCCGCCUAUGUCCUCGAAACCCAACCAGUUAUCCGAGUUCCUGAGAACGCCACAGCGAUUAUUUCCAGAACAAAUGAAGACAUGAGCAGAACAGCUCAAGCUGAUAAGGAAAAUGCGUCAACCCGAUAUAUCGGCAACAACGCACCUGCUUUAUUUGAAAAACUAGCCGCACGAGCUCAUUCUGCGGUUGAACUAGCGCCAACAAGGUUACAAAAACAGCUGAUCGGAAUAGAUCCAACAGGAACUGCUGAGGAUAGAAGAGAAGCUUGGGAUGAGGAGAAACUAAAUCUCUCAGGCGUAAGUAGGAGACAAGAGAACAUGAAUGAGUUUGAAAGAUUAUCUGACGAGGUUCCAGAAAAGUUACCCUACGCUGCUGCAGUGAAUGCUUAUUCAGAUAUUAUUAGAAAUCGUGCAUUUAAAUCCCAAAACACACAAAUCUUAAAAUUAGCAAACAAGGCGGAGCAAAAAAAGCAGCAAAAUGAAUAUUAUUCAAGUCGCAUUCAACAAAAUAUGACAGGGGAAGUUUUGUCCGAGAAACAAUACAGAAGUAAUCAGCCACCAAAACUUCGAAGCCACCAGAUACCUGAAGAAUAUCAGGAUAAAACUGAUCCUUUUGCUGUAGAAAACAAUGAAAGUCAAGAGAGCAGCACAAACAAGCAGCCUCUGGACAUUGCUGAAAUAGAUAAAAAUUCUUUGAAUCCUAAUUAUUUACAUAACUACGGGGAUUUAGAAAAUUCUGACUAUUUACAUAACUACAGAAAUUUAGCAGAAAAAGUGCAGGACAUCUCGAAAAGCGAUCACUCUCCUCAGGUACCUUGUUGCGAUCCGCAGUCCAGAACUUCCGCACCUGAUCUGGAACCCAUCCCAUACGGAGAGUCUUUGAAGCAGACUGUUGCACCUGAUAAUCAUCCCUCGUUGUCGGAAAAACGUUCUGAGGAUUAUUUGAGAAAUAGUAUGGCUUCUCCUGAUGAGAGCGCUGUCAUUCCUCAAAACAGAAGGGAUUCCGAAUCCAUUCCCACUGUCACACCUAGUAACCCAGGUCAAACAGAGCAGAAGGAAGAGCCGAAAGGUCACAUGGGCUAUAGUGAUCUGAAUACUGACCCCGGACCUGAAGAUGAGAAACACCUUGAUUCUGUGGCAAAUAAUUCUGAUAGCGAACAAAUUCUUGGCAGGGGUGAAGCUGACGAAAACUCAGGAAGAGAUACUACUUCCAGCAAUGCUCCUUUUACUGGAGCAAGCGUAGAAGUCAAAGAGGCAUCUCACGUAGAAAGCAAAGACGCAUACCAGAUCAAGUCUUCUUCGGAAGCAAAUGUAGAAAAUGAUGGUUCAUCUGAAAAUAAAUUUCUUCAAAAAGAGAAUUUAGAAUACUCUGAAAUUGCUUCCAUUCGCGAGAAUGCUAAUGUUCCCAGAAAUGAGUGGAUCUCAGGCUUGCCGUGCUGCGAAGAAACUUCGGAAAUACCUCAUUCUAAACUCACAGGAAAUGCAAUGAUCGCUGUUGAGAAAAAUGGGUAUUCGUAUGAGCCAGAAAGUGGACAGAACAACUGCUUACACAACGCUUUUUCCCCGUGCAAUCUCGUACAAACCAAUGAACAGCUGGUUAAUUUCCAGAACAAUAGUGCGUUGGAGCCGAAGAAUACUAAGAACGAUGAAUUUUUAAAAUCAGAAGAAGCAGCAGAUGAUGAAAAGCCAACAUAUUCCCCAGGAAUGGCAAAUGGUGAAGCCGAAGAAACAGCGGCACUGGAUGUGAAAACAUCGCAGGAAAGAAAAGGGAAUUACUACGGUGAAACAGAUGCAGUGGAGGAAUUGAAGGAAUGUUCAGAAAGUGAAAAAUUAGAUAAGACAAAAGUUACAGCAAAAGAGAACUGUACGAAGCUUCGACAAAAGCAUAAUCACGAAAAUCAGCCAUUUGUUUCUGAAAACUUAAAACCCUCUGAAGUAGCCGGCUAUGAAGCAACAAACGCAGACAAUAGGGAAGAGCGGGAAAAUUCCAUACCGAGUUUGGAACUUUCUGGAUACGGCGCAUCAGCAAAUGAACUUGAAGCUAGCAACACUCCAGGAAACAUUGCCCUUAGCUCAGAAACAAUCACUGGAGGUGGCGAAAACGACAAAACUACUGAUGCGCAAGGUUUAGCAGAGACCACGGACGAGCAUGCUACAGCUGUCAGUGAACAAACAGCUCUUUAUGAAGGAUAUUCUGAUUCACUAAAAAACGAGGAAGCUAAACCUGUAGAAACAGUGAAUGAAAAAGUCGCAACUACGAGCAGUCAAACAGCUGUUUAUGAAGUAUCUGCUAAUUCACUGGAAAAUAAAGGUGUUAAACAGGAAGCUGUGAGCAGUAAUGAGAUGCCUGGCAAAUCUGCGGGUGCAGUAUAUGAGUCAGAAGGGGACCACAGAAGAGCUGAGAAUGCAGUUGAGUGCUGUGGCGUCAAGCAAAGAAAAACAGAUGAAACCCCAGUUGUGAUUACUUUGCCCUCACUGCUGAAUAAGUGGCGAGAGGAGUUCCCAGUGCCCAGAAUAGCCGUUGAGCGAGUUUCGAUGAGCUCUGAAAUUACUGAUGAUGCAAGUGAAAAUGGACCGUUGCUUGAUAUUCACAAUCAGAUGCUAGAGGAUCAGGAAACACAAGAGGAGAAUUUGGAAGACGAAUCGCAAAGACUGGACAACUGUUCGCUAGAAAAAGACCACUUUCCGGCAGAUCGAUGUCGCACUUGGAAAGCAACCGGCUACUGCUACACUCAUAUGGCAACAAGGUUCAUCCACUGUCGUCGCACCUGCUGCAAUCAGUUUUUCUUGAAAAUUCUUUGA